AGACCAACAAGAAGAAGAAGAAGACAUAGUUUGCUUGGAUGAAUCUUUUUUCAUCAAUGACAAUUACCAGCUCACCACAUUCACAUUUGGGUCUCAAGUUAUUCAGCUCUUUUGUCUCCAUUCUGCUUCCACAGGGUUGCCUAAGUAUAUUGCAAUUGCAAUUAUGAGCUGGGGUGACUGAUCUUCCCAAAGGAGUAAUCCAUUUUGCUUGCAUGCUAGCAUGAAAUUUUUUUGGACUCCAGUUGCAAUAUAAUGAGAGCUGAUUUUGAUCUGACAGGACAGUUGGUCUGGCCUGGGGCCAUGCUGUUGAAUGAUUACCUUUCAAAGAAUGAUGAGAUGCUACAAGGAUGUUCUGCUAUUGAAUUGGGCUCUGGUGUUGGGAUUACUGGAAUACUUUGCAGUAGAUUUUGCCGUGAUUUUGUGUUGACUGACCAUAAUGAUGAAGUCCUCAAGAUAUUGAAGAAAAAUGUAGAUCUGCAUGCAUCUUCUGAAAAUCCAAAUGAUUGUGCUGGAUUAGUAGCUGAGAAGCUAGAAUGGGGAAAUUCUGACCAGAUUAACCAAAUUUUACAAAAAUAUUCUGGAGGGUUUGAUUUAGUUCUUGGAGCUGACAUUUGCUUUCAGCAGUCCAGCAUUCCUUUGCUUUUUGACACUGUGAAACAGCUUCUUCAAAUAAGAGGAAAAGGAAAGUGCAAAUUCAUACUUGCCUAUGUAUCCCGAGCUAAGACUAUGGAUUCAUUGGUUAUUAGUGAAGCUACCCGGUAUGGGAUGCACAUAAGUGAAGUAUCCGGGACUCGAAGCAUUGUUGGAAAUCUUGAUGGAGUCAUCUUUGAGGUUACCCUUCAAUAAAUGCACAAGGGUAUACACAACCUUCACAGGAAAUAUAACCGUGGGAAGAUAGAGCAAAUGACUGCAACCCUUCCAAUUGAGGGAAGAAGUUUUCUGGAUUAGCCAUUAAUAUACCCUAAACAAAAGCUGAGGAUUCACGUUUUAAUGAAAAUUGGCUUUAAAUAGCCUUUUUGAGUUUGGUAUGUAAUUUAGUUGCUAAUUGUGAGAUCAGGUAGCAAGACCCUUUGUUUAUUUUUUAUUUUUGCUUUUUGGUUCCUUUUCAAGAAAGGGCUAUUCCUGACUUGCUGUCUAA